UCGAGAAGGGGAAAUAAGAUGGCGGUGUGACGUCACGUCCGCUCAGUACGAAAACGUAACGUAAUUCGCUAACACGUUUUCUCCUGUAACAGCGUAUUCCUUCGGGCUUCGCGCCUUCGUCAAAUGCAGUGAGCGUCGGUGUACGUAAAAUGGCGGACGGUGACAUUGAUUUGUACGCCGACGAUCUCGAGCAAGAUUUCGCGCAGGAUGAGUUUGCUGGUGACGGCGUUGAUUUGUACGAUGAUGUGAUAGCAGCUCCUGCUGGUGGGAAUGGUGGCGUUUCUACGGGAAACAGUGGAGAUGGUGGAGGUGAUACUACCUCACCAAAUGAGGAAACAAAUGGUAGUGCGCCUUACCAUCAACUUGGAAAUAACAUUCAGCCAAAUCAAAUUGGGAGACGUCAUCAACUAUAUGUUGGAAAUUUGACUUGGUGGACAAGUGACCAAGAUAUAACUGAUGCAGUUCAAAGUAUUGGCGUAUCAGAUUUUGUUGAAGUAAAAUUCUUCGAAAAUCGAGCUAAUGGACAAUCUAAGGGUUUCUGUGUGAUAUCUCUGGGUUCAGAACAAAGCAUGAGAAUUUGUAUGGAAAGAUUACCUAAAAAAGAAUUGCAUGGACAGAAUCCAGUAGUAACAUUUCCCACUAAGCAAGCUUUGAAUCAAUUUGAGUCUCAGUGUAAGACACGUCCAGCUCCGGCUCCUCAGCAGAGUCAGAGUCAGCGCCCCCAUAAUCCACAUCAACAUCAGCCACCAAUGCCACCUCAUCAACAACACCCACAACAUCCCCAACAUCCUCAACAUUCACAACAAAAUCAUGGUCCUAGGAUGAUGAUGGGUCCUCCACAGGGUGUAAGACCACAAAGAAUGCCACCUCCAGGAAUGGGUCCACCAGGUCCAGGUGGCCCUGGACAACAAGGUCCACCACGUAUGCAUGGUCCACCAAUGGGUCCUGGACCAGGACCACAUCAUCCUUUACCUGGACAUCCUAACCAAGGUCCACCACCUCCUGGAUAUCAGCAAGGACCAUGGAAUGGGCCAAGACCUAAUGGUCCACCUGGACCACCCAGAGGUCCAAGUGGACCUGGUGGUCCACCUCAACAAGGGCCACCAGGGCCAGGUCCUGGUCAACAUCGGCCUCCAGGAAUGAGUUGCACUAGAGACCUUUCAGAAGCCAGUUACCAUAUGCCACAGCAAUUUCAUGGUGGUCCACCUGGUCCACCUGGUCAAGGACCUCCACGUGGUCCACCUGGACAUCCUGGUGGACCUCCAGGUGAUCCAAGAGGUGCUCAACCACGUCCUGAAUGGAAUAGACCACCAGGAAUGCAUCAUGGGCCUCAGGGACCACCAGGUUUCCCUCAACAUCAACAUAUGCAAGGCCCGCAACCUGGUCAAGGCCCACCACAGAGAGGACCUCCUCCAGGUUCUAUGGGUGGAAUGUUACCAGGUCCAGGAGGACCACCACCUGGUCAUGGAGGCCCACCUCAAGGACCUCCACAAGGACCUCCGGGAGGACCUGCACCACAUGUGAACCCAGCAUUUUUCCCACAAGGGCCACCUCAUCAGCAUCCAGGACAACAUCCACCAGGUCCUCCUGGUCCACCUCAUGGACCACCUCAUGGACCACCACAUGGUCCACCUCAUGGUCCCCCUCAUGGACCUCCACAUGGUCAACCACAUGGACCACCGCAUGUACCACCGCAUGGCUAUGGACCACCUGCAGCACAGCCACCUUAUGGUGCACCAGGCCCUGACCAUCGUCCAGAAGGGCCUCCUCCACUCACAGAACAAGAAUUUGAAGAAAUCAUGGGUAGAAAUAGAACCGUAUCUUCUUCUGCAAUUGCUCGAGCAGUAUCCGAUGCUGCGGCAGGAGAAUAUGCAAGUGCUAUAGAAACCUUGGUUACAGCCAUUUCUUUGAUAAAACAAUCCAAAGUUGCUGCAGAUGAUAGAUGUAAAAUUUUAAUUAGUUCUCUUCAAGACACUUUACGUGGCGUUGAAACCAAGAGUUAUGGAUCAGCACGUAGGGAACGAUCACGUUCACGAGAUAGAGAACGCAGUCAUAGAAGAAGACGUGAGCGGUCAAGAAGCCGUGAUAGAGAAUACAGAGAAAGAAGCAGGGAUAGAGAUAGAGAGCGUGACAGGGAACGCGACCGUGAAAGAGAAAGGGACCGUGAUCGUGACAGAGAACGUUAUUAUAGUGAACCAUAUCCACGAGAACGAUCACGAAGCAGAGAGAGGGAUCGUGAACGUGAAAGAGAUCGCGAAUAUAGAGAGCGAAGCAGAGAAGAAAGUUUCCAGAGACAAAAAAGAAAAGGGGAGAGAGAUAGUAAGGGUGAGAAAGCGAGAGAGGGAGAGUGUGUGUUGUCGAAGAGUGGCAAAACAAAAAAAUGAUAGUAAUAACAGCAAAUUAAUAAAAAGAAAAAAAAAGUGAUGAAAGCACAACGAAAGCCAUAUUUCACGGAGAGUCGUAUUCAGUUGCGGUUUACAGAGAAGCUGAAGAAGAGGCCUCGCCCUAUGUCCUGGUGAAUAGUGCUAUGUUUGCUGAGGAAGAACGAAGAUUAUACUCUGGAUUCUCAUCAUCAGUCUUCUAGAGCUCCACGACGAUGCAAGAUUGUAUCUUAACUAUAAUAUAUAUAUACGCUUUCAAAAAAAUAUACGUGAUAAACAUGUCUUUACUUUAUUCAUCAGCACACACAAUCUUCCUGAUAAAUAUGUUAUUUUUGUUUUUUGUGCUAUUGCAUUAUUCCAAUUAUUAAUCGAAAGGUGGAUUGAAAACAAAUACACAUCAAAAUCUGAUUUAGACACUUUCGAUCCCACCUUUGAUUAAUUCAUUUUCGUGAAUGUUCAAUUUUUACUGUUCAUAAUAAUGACCGAUUAGGGGUCGAAAGUGUGUGAUAACAGGGGUGAAACACGAUAUUUUAUGUGCAAAGCAAUGUUAUGUUACCCUGAUUUAUUUCAUGAUACAUACUAGUCUCAUUUAUGAAAUUGGAAAGAUCAAUGUCAGAGUACUUGUUCUCUGAUAGUUGAAUGCUUGAAAACUAAUUUAUCAAAAUUUAUCCGAAUCUUUAAUAUAAUAUAUGAUAAUAUAUGAUGCUGGAAGAAAAAAUUUCAUAAUAGUAAGUUUUCUUUUAUAUUUAAGGAAUGAACAAAAUGUUAAAAAUUAAUCUGAUGUAUUGCUAUAUCCUCUAAUAAUGUUUUCUGUUAAUUUUAAAUAAGCAUAAAUAUUAUAUCGAUUUGGAGUUUUGGUAAAUGAGUUUUAAGUUACAGUGCCAUUUUAUUUUUCACUAUUUAGUUGAAAUACCAUAGAAAGUUAUUUACGGUGUACAGUAUUAUUGUGAAAGCGUAAUACAUUCAUGGAAUGACUGUUCGAAUCAUUAAAAAGGUUCCUGUGUAUUAUUGCAAAAGAGAAUUUCUUGUGUACGCCCUUAAGAAUGUACACAUUAAUCCUCGUGUAAUCAAGGCUUAUAUAAUUAAGGUUUUUAUAAAGAGUUUUGUUUACUCUUUUGUGUUCGGAAAUGUAGAUUUAAUUGUACAUAAAAACAUCAUAAAUAUGAUACUGCAUUAGAUAUUGUGCAUAUAUUACAUAUUUUGAAAAUAUGUAAUUUAAAUAUAGUAAUAAAUUAUAGUGAUUUCAAUUCUUGGUUGUACAAGGAUUAGAAGCUAAAAAAAUUAAUAUUCACGUCCAGUAGCAGAAACUUCCAUGUUUUAGGAAUAUCGGUAUUACUGUAUUUUUCUAUGCUCAAGCAUGAUGUUCUUAAGAUUUAAUAUUCCUUUUUAUAUAUUUGAUCUUCGUUUCUAUAAACUUCUUCAAAGUUGAAACAAGAAUUAUUAUCUUUCAAUUUAUUUUUUAGUCACAUGUGUUAUAUAUAUUAUUUUUUAAGUAACAUGUUAUCCGAUUGAUAGAUGUAAACGAAAUU